UGUUCUGUUAUAUAGUGCUGUGCUGUUUUGUGUAGUGCAGUGUGUCCGAGUCUUUACCAGAACUUCUCUACACCACACACUCACUCACUACCUAGUGAUCCAGAGAGUGGAUUGAGACACAGCCUGAAUCAUUUCUAGAUUCAGUAGACCAGAAUGCAGCACACAGUAAAUCCACACACUCAAGAGUAAACCGGGUUUAUCCGGUAGUUUCUGCUUAAAGCUCCUCCCCUUAGGUGUGGCUCAGAUCUGUGAGUGAACAAUGACUUCCUUCAUUUCAGUGUAGCAUGGCUACAACACGGUGAUGACAAAAAAACAAUUCCCUGCUGAUAGAGUGAUAGAAAAACAACACAAUGAAAGUUUCUAAUGCAUUAAAAUGACCUGUUAGAUACACUAAAUUGGCAAAAGUAUUGGGACACCCCUCCAUAUCAUUGAGUUCAGGUGUUGUUUUUCAGGGGUUGGACUCAUUUUGGACAAUUUCAUGCUCUUUGUGGGAACAGUUUGGGGAUGACCCCUUCCUGUUCCAACAUGACUGCACACCAGUGACCAAAGCAAGGUCCAUAAAGACAUGGAUGAGCAAGUCUGGUGUGAACUUGACUGACCUGCAGAGUCACCAGAGUCCUGACCUCAACCCCAUAGAUCAUCUUUGAGAUGAAUUAGAGCGGAGACUGUGAGCCAGACCUUCUUGUCCAACAUCAGUGUCUGACCUCACAAAUGCUCUUCUAGAGGAACGGUCAAAAAUUCCCAUAAACACACUCCUAAACCUUGUGGAAAGCCUUCCCAGAAGAGUUGAAGCUGUUAUAACUGUAAAGGGCGGGCCGACUCCAUGUUACAUUCAUGUGCAUGUAAAGGCAGACGUCCCAAACUUUUGGCAAUAUAGUGCAUUCAAAUGCUGCUACCUCAUAUCUGGAGCUGACUGUCCCAAAACCGCUUUAAAAUCCUGUCAGGUUUUAUUUUAUUAGGAGUUUAAAGUGCAGAGCAGAGAGACGUUGGUGUUGUUUGUGUUUAUCUGAGCAGUUUGUUUAUUCCCAGCUGGAUCUCUGUAUUUCCAGCACUCUAACGUUUCCCCCUGCUCUGUAGCCCAGACAUGCCUCACUGUCCUACGUGUAAGCCAAGUAAAGCUGAGUUUGAGGUCAGAGGUUUGUUUACAACAUGACAUGCAGAUUGCUUUCGCAGGAGCUCUUAAAGGAAUAAUCCAGCUCUCACACGGAGCAGUCGAGAGAGUCACAUCCCGAAGAGCACAACUUCUACACGAAAUCUCUACACCGUCCUGUGUCCCGGUCCACUCUGAGAAAGACUCAAACAGAACAAGGAUAUUUACAUAAAGAAUCUCAUCUCUCCAGGUGGACAAUGGCGGUUGCACGGGUGUCGGUCCCGAGCCUGACAACUUCCUCUGUGGACACGGAGGACUACAGCAUUUAUGCUAACAUGUCUGAGGAGCAGCUCCUGCAGCUAGCAAUCGAGCGAAGUCUCGCUGAUGCUAACACUCAGCAAAUCUGCUCUCGGACCCCAAGGUUGACGUCUCAGUGUUCACGCAGUCUUCCACGGUCUCAGAAUGUCCCUCCUCCUGCAAACCCACCUGCUAAUCCACCAGCUAAUCCACCCGCUAAUCCACCUGCUAACCCACCAGUCAACCUGUCAGCAAGUGAGAACCAGUCCUCAAAAAUCAACCGAAAUGCGCUAAACCAUUUCUUCAGAAAGGACAAGCAGGAAGUGAUUGCUUGGACAAGACACAACGGAUUUCUCCGGGUUACUGUUGAAUCAGUCGAGGAUUUAGACCCUUUUCUCUCAGCGAUUUGGAAAGGUGAUGCUACGGCUCUAAGUGCGCUGAUACAAACCAAAUCCAGAAACCUUUCAGAAGCUAAUCAGGAAGGUUGGCUCCCCCUGCACGAGUCUGCUUACUACGGCCAUAUCGACUGUCUGAAGAUUUUGCUGAGUGCCAAACCAGAAAUGAUUAACAGUCGCACUCUAAAGAACCAAACUCCGCUUCUUCUGGCCGUGAGUCGCCGACAUUCAGCUUGUGUCCAUUAUCUGUUGGAGAAAGGUGCUGAUCCCAACCUGGCAAACAACCAGUGGGAGACUCCCCUGUACAAAGCUUGUGAAAAGGGAACUGAAGAAGCUGUCGGUCUUCUGUUAAGAUACGGAGCAACAGUGAACAAGGCAUCUGUGCAAGGUUCCACACCGUUGCAUGAAGCAGUGACAAGCAAAAAUGUGGAGAUGUGCAAGAUGCUCCUGCAAGCGAACGCAAAUCUGAUGGCUAAAAACUUUUAUGGCAUAGAUCCUCUAUUCACAGCAGCUCAAUGUGGAGCUUCUGAAGUUCUUAGCUUCCUGAUCAUGAAAGGUGCAAAUGUCAACACUCAGGCUAAUGACGGUGCCUCAGCCUUGUAUGAAGCCUCGAAAAAUGGUCACACAAAUGUUGUUGAGAUUCUAUUAUCCAAAAGGGUUGAUGUUAACAAAGCUAACAAAGCUGGACUACUUCCUAUCCACAUUGCUGCUAAAAACGGACAUGAUGGAAUUGUUGCCUUGCUAAUACCAAGAACUAGCAGGGCCAAAAUAAAGCACUGUGGCAUAAGUCCUCUUCAUAUGGCUGCAGAACGCAACAGAGACAAUAUUCUUGAAAUGCUUAUAGAGGCCGGUUUUGAUGUCAACUUCGUGCUGUCAGAGGAUUGGUCCAAAAUGUUUGAGGAUCACCGAAGCACCGCGCUCUAUUGCGCCGUUUGCAACAGUAAUCUUGAUGCGGCCACGAUGCUCCUGGAGGCAGGUGCCAGCCCAAAUCUGGACACCUUCAAUCCUCUUCUUGUUGCUGUGAGGAAGGGCUGCAUGGAAAUGGUCAAGCUUCUGGUCAGCCAUGGUGCGAAUAUUAAUUCCAUCCUCCCAACUCAUCCCACCGACUUCCCAGCUGCUAUGAUUUUUUGCCUGAACUACUUGCCAAUGAUUAAGUACCUGAUGGAUAAUGGAUGUGAUGCCCUAUCAUGUUUUAAGUGUGACUAUGGCAGCAAUACUCACCCACCUAUUAAAUCUGAUGGAAGGGACAGGCUGUAUUACAUCAGCGAUGAACCUUCAGACAGCAAUAUACAGUUCUGUGAGAUGCUGUCCAAGCCAUCCAUCACCAGCUGGGCUGGACCUAUCAUAGACAUACUGCUAGACUACGUGGGUCAUGUGAAACUCUGUUCCAGACUUAUCGAACACCUGGACAGUUACAGUGCAUGGGCUCAAAUCAAAGAGAAAGCAAUGCCUCCUCGCUCCCUGAUGCAUCUCUGCAGGAUAAAGAUUCGUCAGCAGCUGGGAGUCCAGAGACUAAGACAGAUGAACAGACUUCCUCUGCCCGGGAGGCUUAUCAAGUUCUUACGGCAUGAAAAAGAAUUCUUCUCUGAUAUCCUGUAAAAGGUUGGACAUUAAAUGUGUCUCGAAUGGUUAACUGAGGCCAUGGCUUUACAAAAGAUAAUACACAGAAAUAUCCAGAAAGCUUCUCAAAGCUAUUAAAGUUGUGUAAUUUCCCUUUUUUAAUGUUGUAAGACUGUAAGUUGUAAAACUGUAAGUUGUAAAACUGAUGUUAUUAUAGAUGUGUUUAGUCAAACCAGCUGUUUUGUUUUAGGAAACUGAUUUGAUGUUUACGUUAAAAAUUUUUGGUUUACAUCUUUUUCUGCUUUAUUUUAUGCAAAUCAGAUUCAUUUUCUUUUUCAAAAUUCAUCCAUAAAAACACACAAUAAAUACAUAGUUAAUUAGUUGAUUUAUUAUGAGAUUAUGAACAGUCACUGAUUUCUCAAAUUCUGAUUUUUAUUUACUUAUUUUCAAAAAUGCUAUUUUCUGAUUCAACAGAAAUUCAAUUUACGAAGCACUUUAAAAAUGUAUACUUUGAACCGCAGUAAUGUAAUAAAUGUGACUCUCCUGAGUAUUUUAUUCCAGUUCCAGCUAGCCAAAGUUAGCUUCAUGAACAAGAAGCCAAUUCUAAAUGAAAUUGUACUACAUGUAGAAUAUAAUGAAAAUAAUGUAGUAGUAGUAGUACAGGCUUACAUAUGAAAGCUGAAGAAUGUGUUCUAAAAUAGAGCAGAUGUUAUAAAAUACACGAAUUUGUGAGUUUUUCUGCUUUAUGUUGCGUGGAAUAGUGUACAGAAAGUGGAUAUGUGUAUAAUACUGUAUAUGAUGUAUGAUAAAA